AUGUCUCAGGCGCAGGGAAUGGGCUGCGACGGAGGACCGAAAGCGAAAGAUUCACCACCGACGAGCGGGCUCCGUUCUUACUCCUCGGCACGAAACCCUUCGCUCUUUUCCCGGAUAGGUCCCUCUGCCGCUGUGGCCUCGACGCGGCCGACCCCUGCGCAAGGCGCAAGGAUCACUCGGGCAUCAUAUGCAGUACCCGGGGGCCAAUCCCCGUACACGUUGUCUUUGGCGAGGAAGCGGGAAGACCCUGUCGCUCGUCCCAUAUCGCUCCUGUCCAGAUUGCGAAAUAGUGAGGCCGAGCAGGAGCCGAGCCAGGCGGAGGGCUCUCGCAAGAAACGGAAAGUCAACGAUUCACCAUCUCAAUCCCAACCGGGCCCGUCAUCAAGGUCGAAUCUCGCGCGUCCUCCUCCCGUCCAGGCAUCCGCCGCUGGGCCAGUGUCGCCCGGGCUCACUCCCCUGGACGCGAAGGUUGCUCAGCUCAAUGAGGACCAGCUAGAUGAGGCAGCAUCUGAGCAGACUCUCUAUGAGUGCUGGCAGAAGAAAAAGCGCGAGGCGGAGGUAGCGGAAACGGCCUAUCGCGAGUCGUCGAGGAGAGUCGCAAAUAUCAGAAGGGAGAGUGACAAAGUGAUGAAGCUCGUGUUGGAGCGGAGUAAGCUCGCCCAGCGGAUCAAGGAGAUUGAUCAGCUGGAGGAGGUGUGA